GGCUCAGCAAGGUGGUGGAAUGUGGAAACAAGGAAUGCUCAGCUGGCACAGUGGAAACUUCAGAUUGCAGUAAACUCCUGAGAUGGAUGACUCUCCUUGCUAUUUGCUGACUGUGAGAAUCAUACAGAUAAAAAAUCUACGAAAGGCAGAUUUAUUUAGCCAAUCCGAUUGCUAUGUCAGCUUGUUUUUGCCAACGGCUUCAUUUGAAAGGGUUCAGACCAAGAGUAUUAAAGACUGUAAGAAUCCCGUGUGGAAUGAGACCUUUUCCUUCAGGAUACAGAGUCAAGUCAAGAAUGUUUUAGAACUGAUGGUUCAUGAUGAAGACAACUGCAUUGCAGAUGAACACCUUUUAACUGUUCUCUUUGAUAUUUAUAAAAUCCAUCUUGGAGAAACUGUUUGCCUUGUAUUUCCACUGGAUCCAAAAGUUCAAGAACAGCUGGAGGUAGAAUUUAGCCUGGAGAGUAUCCCAGUUCGUAAGGAGCAUAUUGUUACUAAUGAUGUACUAGUGUCUCGUGAAAUCUCUUGCUUGGAGGUGCAGGUGAAUGAGGGAAAGACAAAGAAAAAAACAAGAGAGACAAACUUAAAAUUUACUGUGCAAGGCUCCUACGAAGAAACUCAGGAGUUUCUGUUGGGCUCUGAAUUGCAUCCAGUUGAUCCUCUUGUGUUCCACUAUAUCAAGUAUAAGGAAUCUGCUUUGGAGCUUGAAGUACCAAAGAAGUCACGCGGCAAAGGCUUGUCUUCUAGUGGGAAUGCAGAUGAAAAAGCCAGUUUCAUUCUACCUCUGGAUUUACAAGAAACAGAAAAGAAAUUAAUUAUAGGCAAGGACAACAUGAUUGACCUAAAUCUAAAAAUAAAGGACUGGCCAAAAAACUUAGAUGUGCGUUUGGGCUAUGACUUAUGUGUGGACGAAGAUAUCGUCAUACAGAAACGGAAGAAGCUGGCUGCAAUUACGUUGCAGAAAGUUCUCCACUUACAGAGGGAUUUGCAGGAACAUGAGGUGCCUGUGGUGGCAGUCAUGACAACAGGGGGCAGUGCCAGAGCAUUUACAGCUUUACAUGGCAACCUAUAUGGUCUUCAGAAAUUGGAUCUCUUGGAUUGCAUUUCAUACAUCACAGGAUCCUCUGGCUCCACGUGGACUCUAUCAAAUCUCUACCAACAUGCUAACUGGUCACAACAAGAUCUCUCAGGAGCAAUUGCAGAGGCUCGCAAGAAUAUGACCAAAAGCAAGUGGAACCUCUUUUCUUUAGAAAACCUAAAGGAAUAUAGUGAUGCUUUGGAGCAACGGCAAAAGGAAGGCUACAAGACCUGUAUUACAGAUCUUUGGGGACUACUUAUUGACAAAGGAGUAGGCACUGGGAAACGCAGCACACUUUCAGAGCAGAAAUGUGCCCUGAGUCAUGGCCAGAACCCUCUGCCUAUAUACAUGGUUCUCAACACCAGAGACAAGUACAGCCUUCCAGAAUUUAAAGAAUGGAUGGAGUUUACUCCCUUUGAGGUUGGAUUACUAAAAUAUGGUGCCUAUAUUCGUUCUGAGAAUUUUGGAAGUAAAUUUUUUAUGGGUCGGAUGAUGAAGAAGGUUCCAGAAUCUCAAAUCUGCUUCAUGGAAGGUGUUUGGAGCAAUGUAUUUUCUUAUAACCUGUUGGAUUCCUGGCGAGCACUUGAUACUUCUGAAGAAAGUUUUUGGCACAAAUACACCCGGGACAGAGUAAAGGAUAUAGAGGAAUGGCCUUCACAACCAUCAAGACCACAAGAGCUGCAUACUCAGCUGGUGAUUCCUGCCCCUAAAUUUCCUACGAUCCUUCGUGAAAUCAUAACAAAACGCAUAACAACUUCAGAAGUCUACAAUUUCUUAAUGGGAUUCCAACUAAGCAAUGAGUAUCUAGAUAAUGAGAACUUUUAUAUAUGGAAAGAUACUGUACUGGAUACUUUUCCAAACCAGUUGACAGCAACAUCAGAAUACCUAACCCUAGCAGAUACUGCGGCCUUCUUGGACAUCAGCUACCCACCACUCUUGAGGCCAGAGAGAAAAGUGGAUGUUAUUAUACAUUUAAAUUAUUCUUCUGGAUCACAAACAACAACUUUAGACAAAGCCUCCAGAUACUUCUCAAAGCAAGGUAUCCCAUUUCCUAAAGUAGAUCUGAGUCAUAUUAAGGAUGAAAAUUUGAAGGAGUGCUAUGUCUUUGAAGAUCCUGAGAACCCAAAAGCUCCUAUUGUCAUUUUUUUCCCUCUAAUAAAUGACACCUUCAAAAAAUACAAAGCACCAGGUGUGGAGCGCAGUCCCUCUGAAAUGAAGCAGGGCCAAGUCGAUGUGUCUAGCCCUCAGUCUCCGUAUGGGUUACAGUGCUUUCAAUACACAGAAGAAGAUUUUGACAAACUGGUGGAACUGACCAGUUACAAUAUUCAGAAUAAUAAAUACUUGAUCCUUCAGUCCUUGCAAAGAGCAAUAGAAAGAAAAGGACAACAGAUGAAAUGAGCCACGCAUCAAAACAUGAUUAGUAUAUUCUCAUACAGUGUCUUUAUUUAAGGAGCCUCUGACUUCUGUUUGGGUAGGUCAGAGAUUUUAAAAAAAUUAAAACUCGAUUGGUAGAUGAAUGCACAGGCUGCUAUUUUUAAUUUAGCAAUUCAUAUAUAUCCACUAGCUACCUCAUUUUGAAAGAACUAGCGCAUGUUACUUGUAAACAUGACAUAUUUCGCCUCAGCUUAACCCACUGUGCCAUCGGGGGCUUAUAUCCUCUCUAAUCACCUGUAAUAUAAUCAUACCUCUGUUGCCACAAGUACUGCAUCCAUAGAUUCAAAAAUUCACUGCUUUAAAAUAUUUGUUUAAAAUGAUUUUGCCAUUUUAUAUAAAAGACACCAUUGACUAUGCUACUGUACAGAGGGACUUUAUUAUCCAUGGAUUAUGGAGGAACCUAGAAUCAAUUUCUAGUAAAUGUUAAUAACCCACUGUCUGUUGUGUCUAACACUUGUUUAAUAUGUGAAAUUCUCAAAUAUUGCUUGUUUUAAAAUAAUAAUAAUAAUAAUAAUAAUAAUAAUAAUAAUAAUAAUAAUAAUAUGCUGUUAAUGUGCUUUUCUAGAAGAAACAUUUGAAGCUGUUACGUAUCUGUGAAGAUCAAUUUCAGGGGGUUUGAUUUGGAGUAAAAGUGUGAAACAGCCCUGUAAUUUCAUCUCAGGCUUCCUGUCAAUAUUUCUUCAUAUGAGAUAUAACUUGAGUUUGAUGCCUGCUAUGACUGUAUGUGGACUUGGGAGGGCCACACUCACUCACCCUCCUAUGCCCCUCUCAUCCAUUAAAAAAAUCAAAAGGUGCCUGCAUAUACUAACAUCAGUGCAGUGGUAAGGUUCAGAAUAAACAGCUUUCAACUUCCAGAAAUCCUAACAGCUGGUAAACUGGCUGGGAUUUCUGGGAGUUGUUUGGCCAAAAAACAUCUGGGGACCCAAGGUUGAGAACCACUGGUAUAAAAAGUCAGUAGAUCAAAGGCUGCACCUGUGAUGGGUCAAAAUAAAGAAAAUUGUUUACCUCUGGUGAAAAAAAAAUCAGAAGAGUGAUCUACAUAAUUUAAUAAAGAGAAAUAUGUUGACUAUCCUUUAUCCAAAAUGGGACUAGAGCUACCCUCUCCCCCUCCCCCAAUUCUGGAAUGUUGUAUUUGCAAAUUCGUAUAUAAUGAGAUAUUUUGUAGAUGGAACACACAUCUAAACAUGAAAUUUGUUUCAUAAACGCAUCAUACACAUAGCCUGAAGGUAAUUUUCUACACAGUAUUUUAAAUAAUGUCGUGCAUGAAACAAAGCUUGUGUACCUUGAACAAAUUAGAAAGCAAACAAGUGACUAUAUCACCCACAGUUUUGGAUUUUGGAACAUUUCCAAUUCCAGAAUUCUGGAUGAGAGAUGCUCAACUUGUACGGUCAAGAAAAUUCAGGUAAUGCUUGCUAUGGCUGAACUGAUAUUUCAGGAUGGGGAAUUCUCUUAUGAAGUUCUUAUGAAGUUGUCUGACUGGCCAGUUGAAAGACGUGCUCGUAAAUUAGUUGAGGCAUUCAGGCAGGCAUUUGCAUGUUUUCUUGGCUACAGGAAACACCUCCUUUUAAUUUAAUGCAUACAGUAGGGUCCUUACACCCAUGUGGCAUUCCAGAACUUAAUCUUGUUCUUGGCAAGAUGUGUGUGACUUUUAGAAACCAGUAAUUCUUGAGCCAAAGGAAGGACAGUGUCAAACAGAUAUAUGACAACAUUUCUCCAAAGAAGGCAGUAUGCCUGAAGUGCCUUACUUCAUUUUUAAUAUAUCCCCAAAAAUGGUUUCAGGAGCUGACUGUAGCUAAAAACCAGUAACUUCUUUGCUACCACUAUUACUCUCUUCCGAGUAUUUCUUAGCCCAAUUAUGAUGCCAUCACAUAUGAGCAAAAGCUAACUUCUUUAUUGCAUCUGGAAUCAUUCCAGGUAUGUUAUGUAUAUAUGAUUUUAUCAUGUUUUAUUUGGAAUUUACUUCUAAUACAUGUCUAAGAUAAUGUUUAAACAUGUCUCUGUUUAAUAUAUAAACAUGUUGAAUUACAUAA